AUGGAGCCUCUUUUGCGACAAUGGGGAGCCUGCAUAGUCUCAGGGCUGUACAGGAGACCCGUUUUAUUUCAUCACAUUUGCAAAAAGCCGUUGCUGUGUCCUAGAUUUUGUCGGUUUGCCUCUACCAACCUAUCCGCCAACGCCACUAUCAAUCUACAGGGGGACAACCCGCCUAGCAGCAUACAACUUCGUGACUACCAGGAGGAAUCUAUCCAAGCAGUAUUAGGUCAUAUCGACAAAGGCUACAACCGUCUGGGCUUAUCUCUGGCUACUGGCUCGGGUAAAACGAUUGUAUUUACGCAACUCAUCGGUCGCAUUCCACCUCGAAAUGGCACUGCAGACCAGUGUCUUAUCAUUGCUCAUCGCAAAGAGCUUGUUGAACAGGCGGCCCACCACUGCCGACUGGCAUACCCUGAUAAGACCGUGGAGAUCGAAAUGGGCCCAACAAAAGCGUCUGGAGCUGCAGAUAUAACCAUCGCCUCGAUAAGAAGCCUAGCAUCGAAUAAUCGAAUUGAAAAAUUUGAUCCUGAUCGAUUCAAACUUGUUCUGGUCGACGAAGCACACCACAUCGUCGCUUCUCAAUAUCGCGAGGUGCUCGAUUACUUUGGUUUAAAUGAGGCCUCUAAAAAUGCGCCGGCGCUUGUCGGAGUAUCUGCGACUUUCUUCAGAUUUGAUGGGUUGAGGUUGGGGUCUGCAAUUGAUUAUAUCGUGUAUCAUAAGGAUUAUAUUGAUAUGAUCGGCGACAAAUGGUUAUCGGAUGCCGUCUUCACCACGGUGAAAACAAACGUUGACCUGUCACGUGUUGCUAAGGAUAGCUCAGGUGAUUUCAUGACAAAAGCUUUGUCGGAAGCUGUCAAUAUUGCUACAGUCAAUAACCUUACAGUGAGAUCUUGGCUCACGAAUGCGGGCGAUCGGAAAUCGACAUUGGUCUUCUGCGUUGACACAGAACAUGUAAGAGAACUAACCCAUACUUUUCGAACGCACGGUAUAGAUGCUCGAUACAUUACUGCGACUACAACUAGACAGAUCAGGAAUAAAGAGCUGGAGGGAUUCAAAAAUAGAGAAUUCCCCGUUCUUCUCAAUUGCGGACUCUUCACUGAGGGGACCGACAUUCCGAACAUAGACUGCGUCGUUCUUGCACGUCCUACCAGAUCAAAGGGUCUAUUGAUUCAGAUGAUCGGCCGAGGACUACGAUUACAUGAGGGGAAGAAAAACUGCCAUAUCAUCGAUAUGGUAUCGACGUUGAAUACCGGCGUCAUGUCCACUCCAACCUUGUUUGGGCUUGAUCCCGAAGAAGCUCUGGCAAAAGAGAGUGUACGAGAAAUUAGAGAAAGGAAGGAAAAUGGAGAUCCUAGUUUGCUUGAAACCUCUUCAAAUGGUGCAAAGCCGCUUACAGAUGACAACGUUGAUGUUACAUUUACGACGUACGACAGCAUUUUUGAUCUGCUCCGCGACGAAAAAACCGAUCGGCAUAUCCGUUCUCUGAGUCAUAACGCGUGGGUUCGUGUUGAUAGUGACCGGUAUAUUCUGGGUGAGAAAUCAGGAUGGAUUACAAUCGAUAAGAGUGAGGAUGUCCAAGACGGCCCAUUUGUGGUGAAAUACGUCCAGAAAAUAAAAAACGAUAUCAGCGGUAGAACGAUACUAACAAGGCCACGGGUCAUCGCGCGAGCACCAGAUCUAGAACAAGCAGCCCACGGUGCGGAUACCUUUGCGGCAAGUCAUAUGAGCUCGAAUGCCAUCCGAAUAUCAGAGGCGUGGCGACAAGCAGCUGCAACUCCCAAACAGUUGACGCUGAUGAACAGAAUGAAUAUCAGGGACCGCAUCAUCAGACCUAAGGACGUCACUAGAGGCCAGGCGGCAGAUAUGCUCAUGAAAUUACGAUUCGGCACGAAAGCUCGAUUUCAGGUUGAGCAAAAAAAGAGGAAAAAGCAGGAGAAAAUACGCGAGCAGUUUAAGAAACAUAUGAGCCAGGGUGAGAUCAAGGUCGGUCCUCUUGGAUCACAGGAAUAA